UAAAGCAUUCAUUCGGGCGUUCCAGUCACUCUGCCGUCAGUGUACAAACUUACCACUCGGUGCCGAGCAGUGGAUUACAGUAGUUUCACUUUCAGCUCCAUUUCGUGAUUUCCUGUAGAAUUUAAUUUUUCUUUCUUUUGUGGUUUACUGUAUUCCUGAACAAACACAAUGGCUGAUUUUGAUUCGGAUAUAAACAGGGUUGUGCACGUGAAGCGUUCCUACCAGGUAUACCGUGGCACUUCCCCCACCACACAGAACCGGUUCGAGAACUCGGGGACUAUUUCCAGACGAGCGAGCACGAGUCAGAUUCAAUCAAGUGCUGUUGCAUCGAGUUCAAGUCAACUCAGAACAAGUUCGAGCCAAGUGAAACGAACCAUUAUCAGUUCAUCAAGCGGCGGACAGUCUUCCUCAUCUAACGUAGAGAAAUCCACUCGCGUAAUUAAACAUGAACAAGACUUGUUUCACGCCGAGGAACAACGAUUUCAGAGCCGGAUCAGGGAGCUGGAGGAUGCCGUAGAUGUUGAGAGAGACAUGCGUAUCAGAUUCGAGAAACAAUGUGCUGAACUAACUUUCCAAUUAGACCAAUCCAACGAUCGCUAUGAGGAAGCAUACGGUUUACAGUCCACACAGACGGAAAUCUCCAGGAAACGUGAAGCAGAAGUCAACAAGCUUCGCAAAGACUUAGAACUUGCGUCCGCUCAGUACGAAGCUCAGGAAAGCAGCACGAGAAAACGUCAUCAGGAUGCCCUCAACGACUUCGCGGACCAACUCGAACACAUGUCCAAAUCCAAAUCUAGGGUCGAGAAGGAGAAAGCCACACUUGUCGUUGAAAUCGACGGCCUCCAGAUGGCGAAUGAUUCUCUGGCCAAGGCUAAGUCAUCACUUGAUGUCAGGGUCGAGGGUUUGGAGAGCUCCAACCUCCGUUUGAAGGCUCAGGUAGAUGACAUGACCCGUCAGCUUAACGAUCUCAACGGCCUCAAAGCUCGCCUCACCCAGGAGAAUUUCGACCUUCAGCACCAGGUACAGGAGCUUGACGCCGCCAACGCCGGACUCGCCAAGGCCAAAUCUCAACUUCAAGUCACCUUGGAUGAUUUCAAGAGGAACUUGGAUGACGAGUCUAGGCAAAGACAGAACCUCCAAGUCCAACUGAGUGCACUGCAGAGUGACUAUGACAACCUGAACGCCCGUUAUGAAGAAGAAUCUGAAGCCGCCUCCAUCCUCCGUAACAGCCUCAGCAAAGCAAACAGCGACCUCGUGGCUCUCAAAUCCAAAUACGACAAGGAAAUCGUCACGGUCCGAGAGGAGCUUGAGUCUGUCAGGAGGAAGCUUACUGUCCGUAUCCAGGAGUUGGAGGACGCCUGUGACACACUCAGGGCCCGCAACUCCAACCUCGAGAAGGCCAAGGCUAAACUUACAAACGAAAUUAGGGAACUUUCCAUCGAAAUUGAAAACCUUACCAUCAUUGUCCAAGAUCUCACGAAGAGGAACCGACAGCUGGAAAACGACAACGCCGCUCUUCAAAAGAAGGUUGACGACCUUAGCGGCGAGAACGCUGCCCUCCGCUCAGAGAAGGCUGCGCUCGAGGCGGAGUGCCAGCGUCUCCGUGUCAAGGUCGCCGAGCUUCAAGAGAAGAACGACAAUCUUGGACGCGAAAACAAGAAACUGGAAGAUGCCCUCAGGGAGACCAAGCAAGCACUUAAGGAAGCCAACAAAGCCAACGACGAACUCAGAGCCGCCAAUGCCGCCCUCAACGCCGAGAGGGACAGUCUGGCCGCCGCCCUGCGUGACACCGAGGAUGCCCUCAGAGACGCCGAGAACAAGUUGGCCGCCGCCCAAGCCGCCCUUGCCCAACUCCGCUCCGAAAUGGAACAGAGGCUCCGCGAGAAGGAUGAGGAAAUAGACAGCAUCAGAAAGAGCAGCGCCAGGGCUAUCGAGGAGUUACAGAGGACUCUUGUGGAGGUUGAAGUCCGCUACAAGUCCGAGAUCAGCCGCAUCAAGAAGAAGUAUGAGACCGAUAUCAGGGAGCUGGAAGCUGCUCUUGACAAUGCUAACAGGGCCAACGCCGAGUACGUGAAACAAAUCAAGUCUCUCCACGCCCGCGUCAAGGAGCUCGAGGCCAUCAACGAGGAUACUGCCCGCAGACUUGAGGAUGCCCUUGCCCAACUGUCUGCCUCCGAAAGGAAACGUGUUUCCCUCCAAGCCGAAGUGGAAGACCUCAGGGCCGCUAUGGAGAACUCCGAGAGGGCCCGCAAAAACGCCGAAACUGAACUCAACGAGGUUUCCAUUCGCCUAUCAGAAAUUCAAAUCCAGGUCAAUGUUCUCGUUAACGACAAGCGUCGCAUGGAAGCUGACAUCUCCGCCAUGCAAUCUGACCUUGAUGAAGCACUUAACGCCCAGAGAGCCGCUGAAGAACGCGCCGAGCGUCUCUACAACGAGAACAAGCGUCUGUCUGACGAGCUCCGCCAAGAACAGGAGAACUACAAGAACGCCGAGAGCCUCAGGAAGCAGCUUGAGAUCGAAAUCCGUGAGAUUACACUCAGGCUAGAGGAGGCUGAGGCCUUCGCCCUCAGAGAAGGAAAGAGGCAGAUCGCCAAACUGCAAAAUAGAAUCAGAGAUUUGGAAGGAGAAUUAGAGGCUGAGCAGAGGCGUGUUAGAGAAGCUAUCGGUAACAUGCGUAAAUACGAGCGUCAAUACAAAGAAGUGAUCAGUGUGGCCGAAGAAGACCACCGUAUGGUUGCCGAACUCACCAGCAUUAAUGACCAGCUCAACAUGAAAAUCAAAAUCUACAAGAGACAGAUUGAUGAGGCGGAAGACGUAACCAGUAUCACAAUGAGCAAGUACCGCAAGGCACAGCAGAUGAUCGAGGAGGCCGAGGGUAGAGCAGACAUCGCCGAGAAGAACCUUGCACACACCCGCAGAACGCGAUCAAUGUCCGUCCAACGGGAGGUCAAGGUCGUCCGGAUGUAAACACAACACAUAUAUGGUGCCUUCAUUUUACAUACAAAAAAGCCAGUGCAUUUACAUCAAAUAGACGCUAUUUAUUUAAAUGUGGGAAUUUCACAGACAGAAUUCCGAAAUUUCCCUAAACUUGUACAAAGACGUUUAUUUUGGUUAUUUAUCUUAUUCAUUGUGCAGAUGUGAUUAAAAAGCAUAUAUGUGUGUGUUGCUAAUGAUGGAAUCGUAGAGAAAUACUUAGGGAGACCAGCCAUUGCUCGGCACGGAGACAGCGGAAGUCUCUUUAGAUACGUAAUCCUGGAAGGAAUGACGUCAUAAUAUGCAAAUUCUACAUUUUCCGUUUCAUUCGGUAGGAGUCGCUAAGAUGAAUGGCGUCGUCAUAUAAUACUCUCACAACAAAACGUUUCGUGUAAAUAUUUACACACAAAAAAGGCACUGGAAGCAUGACGUCAUUUCUGUUCGACCCAAACGCUCAAAACUCUUUAUCAAUGUGCAGUUUGUGAUCAUCGCCACCGUGAAUGUACUUAUCAUGUCUAUGUGUAGAGACGAAGAUGACGAAAUCGAUGACAAGCGAUGACAGGAAACGUUUGCAGGAGAGUAAGGAAGAUUUACUGUUGCUAUAGUAACUAUGAGAGAAAAACCAACAAAAAUGAAUUCACUAUUUCUCUGUUUCUUGAGCUUAGCUUUGUCAUGACGUUUCAAACAAUGUGCAAUAUAGUCACUUUAUAAAUGUGAUAUUUAAGAGAAAAGAAAAUUAUGUUAAUUUUUUGGUACUUUUUAUGUUGAUAAUUUGUACAGAGUUGUGGAUAUAUUUAAUGUAUAGCAAUGAAUAACGAAGACGAACUAAGGACUGUUUGUAUGGAGGACAAGUGUCUGUACAGAUAGAUGGGUCAGCUCUCUAGACUUAUAGUAUUCACAAUGCUAGUACAGAGAACUGUGAACGAUAUGUUAUACGUUUCCCUCUGCUAAAAUAAAUUCCAUUAUUUGUUGCUUAUA